CUACGCUGCCUGCGUGUUUGCGCAUCACCAAGCGGAGCACCAGGGAACUCGAUCGCUUUCAAAGCACACUGCAAAAAACAUCCGCUCCUGCUGAUGAUUUUUCCCACUGGCGUUUGUUGUUAAAAGCUCCUGAAACGCCUGAAGCUGCACUUCCACGUUAGCAGCGAAACCCACGUCAUUCUGUCAGACAACUCCCCCCUUUUCCCUCCCUGUUGGACCAACAUCCACAGUUUAGGAAGAAGUGAGAUAAAGAGUUUUUGGAUCACAACCAUGAUGACCGGAUUUCGGCUCAACUUGUCGCCGCUGAAGGAGCCUCUGGGCUUCGUCAAACUGGUGGAGUGGCUCACAGCCAUAUUUGCUUUUGGAAGCUGUGGUGGAUUCUCAGGGAAGAACAUCAUAUCUCUCUUCUGCGGCGACGGCAGGAAUGAAACGCUCAGUGCCAACUUUCACUACCCGUUUAGGCUAAGCCAAGUCCCGCUCGUCGAGGGAAACACCACUAUUUGUAACCACUCUGUCACCACGACACACAUGAUGGGCGACUCAGCCUCCUCAGCUGAGUUCUUUGUGGGGAUCGCCAUCGUCUGCUUCCUGUACAGCAUGGUCGCUCUGUUGGUUUAUUUAGGCUACAUGCACGUCUACAAGGACUCUGACUUUGGACCCAUUUUUGACUUUGUGAUCACGGCGAUCCUGGUCUUCCUGUGGCUGGUGUGUUCGUCUGCCUGGGCGAAGGGCCUGCAGAACGUGAAGGACGCCACGGACACUGACGGCAUCAGCGGCACGCUGGCGCUCUGCAAGGGCAGCAACAUCACCUGUGAGGUCACGGAGUUCGCCAACAUGCGAUCCCUCAACAUCUCUGUGGUGUUUGGCUACCUCAACAUGUUUGUGUGGGCGGGCAACGCCUGGUUUGUGUACAAGGAGACUCGCUGGCACUCGCAGAAAUUCUCCGCCCAGUCUGGACAUGGAAGGCAACAGGUCCCUGCACCCAUCUAACGUACAGCAUGCAUAGGGCAGUACAUACAGAGUCACAUACAGACACCAUAACUGACACGCACGCACCACACACAGAACAGAAUCAGUCACACACACUCAGAUAUGCAUGCAUGUACAGCACAUGUGCAUGUAGACAUGAAGACAACUGCGAAAAAUGUUCUGUGAAUAUGAUGAAGACAGACAAAAUGAAGGACAAACUGAUACAUGGUCAAUUUAAAAAACUGUUGUCCUACUGGUUUUGAUUUCCCACUAAAUAAGCGGCUGAGUAACCGUGCAGCAGUAGGAUGUAUGGGACAAAGGAGGCAUCACACCUGUGAUUCAAUGAAGUCUUCACAUGUGCCUUUAUUUUUACCACAUACCACAGCAACACUAAUGCAUGUCAAAUCCUUUUAAACCUGUCUUCUCACAGCUAUUCCAAGAUGGUUUCUUAUGCUUACAUAAGAUACACACACACAGUGACCACAUGCCAUGAUUUUUAUGGCAGUUUUUUUACUUCUCUGGUUCCAUUGUAGAAUACUGGUUACAUUUAUUCUGCUUUAAUUACAUAACAGAUGAAUGUAAGGUACUUUGAACUCAUCUGUCUGUGACGUAAACCAUAGCACAUGGGGCUAACAUCUGCCACAAUAAGGACGAUAUGAUCAAGAUUUUCAGGGUAGCACAGAGGCUAAUGCUAUUAAAUAUGAGGCAUAAUAUCAUAAUCCUCUGUGCCAUAUCACCAUUUUAGAAAAUUAGCAUUCACCGACAAACACUGCAUAAAUUUGAUACAGGCUGUGAUAUGUAGUCAUACAUUUUCCUUAGUGUUGAAUCGUAUUUUUUGUACAUGUUGUAUAUUUGUAGAAACAAAGCACUUGUGUAUUCAGAGAGGGACUCACUAUGAUUCGUUCAUUUUGUCUUUCAUUCAUCGGCUCUCUCGCAUUGACUCCAUACGCCCCCUAGUGGUGAUUAUCAAGUGUGGAAAUGUCUACACGAGACUAAACUAGGAUUUUUUAAUUAUGAAAUUAGUAUAAAGAUGUCCUCUUUUAUUGUAGUGCAUUGAUGAGGUGAAUCCAGAAAAGCUUUUAUUCAGAUGUUCCUCAGUUGGUUAAAUCUGUGUAUUCAAGCAGCCAAGUAAAAUUUUUAAGCUUUAAAACACUAAAACAUAUGCUGUGUAAAGUGGCCUCAAAUAUUAAGGAGGUGGCUUUUACAUGGAGUGUAUGAUUUUCUUAUCACACCGUGCACAGUGCACUCUUAUGGUGCUUAAUAUGCUUUUCUGAUGUCCUUCAAAGCACUGUGAGAGUGUAAAACCAUAAAGAAUACUUGAUCGAGAGUUGGAGACUUAAUUAGCUCUGGAAAAUGUUGCUGUGUGGGUGCAGCCAAAGUUUGAAAUCUUUCACUUCUUCUGACGGCUUUGAUUUAUUUAGCGUCUACCAAAGCACCAGCUAAAGGAUAAAUCCUUCCUUGAUUGCGUCCUUUUCAAGCUUUUCUUUGAUUAUCCUGUUGAAUGUAGUGGUAACUUUCUUUACUUUUUAAUUCCAGUUUUCCUCCAUCAUUUUUUUUGUAUCACUGUUAAACAGAAACUAUUCUGCCAAAGCAAUACCUGGUGUGAUGUUGAAUCAAUAAUCUGUUAUUGUGCAAUUGUCUAGUUUUUUUACAUGUAGAUGCUUAGUUUGAGUAAUUUUUGAUUUUCUCUUUUGUCUAUUGCCUUUAUAGUAAAACUGCAUGUUGGGUGGUGUUGCUAAUUCGUUUAACUUUGCCAAAGGACAAACUUAAAUGAAACAACAGCCGUGAAUGGUGUACUGGUUAUGCCGCUGCGCUCUUGUAAUCAUCAUCCAACACGCUAAAGCUUUGUCAAUGAUUCCUAUGCAUUUAACCUGCCAAACUGUCUUAUUGAAGAGAGACAUGCACUCUGUGACAUGAACGAUUUCAAUGUACCUUUGUUUUUUUCAAUAAAAAUGAAUGAGUUUUCAUCAA